AUGGAUACGUAUGAAAGUGUAUUACUUGUGAAAUCUGAAGUAUUUGUAUUUAAAAUACCGCCAAGGUCAACGAAUAGGGGUUAUCGGUACGAUUGAUUCCUUUUGACAGUAUUUUUCUUAAAAAUAUUUUCUCUCGUAAAAAAGAACAACGUAUACAAAGAUAUAUUUACACACGCUAUUUUGUUUAUUACCUAUCCAAAAAAUUCAAUAUCUUGUGCUUUUUUUUUUUUUUAUAAAUUUCAGCUGUGACGUUUAAUACGUCAGCAAAUGUUAUACCGGAAAUUAUCAAAAGCAUAAUAUUGGUAUUACAUCUGGAAUAAAAUGUCAUAAAAAUUUACAAGACUUGAGUUUGUAGAACUUUUGAAAUUAUUGAAAUUUGAUUCUAAAUUAUGUUUCAUCAUAUAUGUGUCGAAAAUCUUUUUAAGUGUUAAAUAUUUAUAACAUAAAAAAUAUACAUAUUAGUUUCAUUCAAAAUAUAAAUUUAUUUGUAUGAUUAUUAUUAUAUCAGUUUCAUUUAAAAUAUAAAUUUAUUUGUAUGAUAAUAUGGAAAAUAUCGAUUAAUGAUAAAUCAGGAAAUAAAUACUUUAUUUUUAAUAAAUGUGUAUUACAUUUCAGAGCAGCUGAUUGGAAUCUUCAAGAACCUACAUGGACUGGACGUAUGCGUCUUGUCUCUCAGGGAGACUCCAUUACUAUCAAAUUGGAAGAUAAAGUAACUGGAGAAUUGUUUGCAAAAUGUCCCAUAGAACAAUAUCCAGGAAUUGCAGUUGAACCAGUGACCGAUUCUUCUCGUUAUUUUGUUCUAAGAAUUCAAGAUGAUAAUGGAAGAUCAGCUUUUAUUGGUGUUGGAUUUCUCGAUAGAUCUGAUAGCUUUGAUUUAAAUGUUGCCCUCCAAGAUCAUUUUAAAUGGCUUAGAAAUCAAGAACAAAUAGAAAAAGAAAAAGAUACACCAAAACAAGAGUUGGAUCUCAGAUUUAAAGAAGGAGAAACAAUAAAAAUAAACAUGAAAAUUACUAAAAAGGAUGGUAGUGAAGUUGCUGCUAAAACAAAACAACGUGCCAAUACAAACUUGGGUUUGCCACCUCCACCAGGUGGUGUGAAAAUUGCACCACCACCUGCAAAAACUCCAACCUCAUCCCCCGCACAUAAACCUGUUCAGAAUCAAAACCAACCAAGUUCUGAAUGGGGAGAAUUUGCAAGUGCAUCACAGCAAUCUCAAACUCAACAACCACCAACAGUGGGAAAUGCCAGUUGGGUUCAAUUUUAACUUAAAAGGUUAUAUUAAAAUUUAAUAUAGCAGUUCUAUAGAAUUAUAUUUGCAUAUUUUAAUUUACAUAUGCAUUAUAUGCACAUGAGUGCAUGUUGCAUAUAGAUAUCUUUUAAGGGUAAUUAUUGACAAAGAUGUUUCUAUGUACAUAGUGAAUUAACUGCAUAUAUUUCAAUGUAUUAUAUUUUUUAAAAAUUUGCGUUUUAAUUCAGUUAAAUUUAUUUUAAUUCAAUUAAUUUAAUUCUUAAAUUAAUAACACAUUCUGUUUAAGAAUUAAGAUUUUAUGAUUUUUGUUCAAGUAUUAAGUAAAAUAUAUAUUUAUUCAUUAACAUAUAUUAGUAUGAUUUUAUAAAAUAUUAAAAUAGACUAAUAAGUCUAGAUUGAUAUUUAAUUUUUCUUCUAUUACUAUUUAUAAUGUUAAAAAAAUGUACAUAUAUAUCUCUUAUUUAAACAAAUUAUAUAAAAUGUGUGAAAUACUCAUAUUUUUUAUAUAAAUAAUUAACAAAUAAGUUUAUCAUCUUGUACAAAUUCAAAAAAAAAGAUGGUUGGAAUAAUGAGAGAUAUAUUAGAGAAUAAUAAAAAUAAGUUUAUGACAUCAAAUAUAAAAUUUGUACUAAUAAUAACAAGAAUUUUUAUUAUUAGUACAAUGUUAAAUACAAAAUACACUGAAAAUGUUUUCAGUAUUUUCUAUUGCAUGGAUACAUUCUUUGUGAAAACCCUUAAAAGAAUAUGAAUUACAGUCUUAAGUAAUGUUAAUUUCCGAUAUUUGUACAAAGAAGAAAUUGUACAAAUGUACGGCCUAAUUUUAUAGAUUAUUACAUUUUGGAUUAUAUUUCGACUUUUUUUGCAUUGAUAAGCUAAGAAAAAAAUAUUUCACAUUAUUGCGCUAUCAUUUAGUUGUAUUAUGAAAUGUAAGAUCUUUGUAUUGUACUCCUUUAUUUUUAAAACGCUUUAAAUAUUUAUUUUACAUUGAUAUUGAUUUAAAUUUUGUUUAAAUAUUUUGUAGGUCAAAUAUAAAAUUAGAAAUAAUAUGAAAAAACUAUAUAUUAAAGAGAAUAUAGAGUAAAAGAGAAAAUUAUUGUUUCGCAUCUGAAAAGAUUAUUGUAUAAAAUCUUAGAAAAUGUUAUAUUAAAUGAACAAAAAAUUAAUCUAUAUUCGAAAUAAUGUAAAAUAAAUUUAUUAGAUAUUUUUAUUUGCAGGAGUAAAAGAAAUUCAUUAUUUUAUGUAUAUAUUAAAAAUUAUUAUUUAAAUAUGAUAUUAAAUUUUAAAUUAAGUAUAUGAUUGUAAAUUAUUUACAGAUAUAAAAAAAAAAGUUCAUUAGAUCUUGUGAGUAGGUACAUAAAGUGAUUACUUAUAUUCUAAUAUUACUGUAUAUUGUAAAUGAUGUUAAGUAAUAUUGUUAAUAAUAUCUAUGUUAAUAUUUAACAUAAUCACAAAAAUAUCUUAUAAUUCCGUAAAUGACAUUCCAAAGUACUAUAAUAAAUCACUCGCGCACGUGUGUUACAGUACACAUAUCUAAAACGUUUGCAUUCAAAUAUGUUAUCAUUAACGCUAUUUUUCUUUUUAUAGUAAAUGGAAAAUGGUGUUGUUUGUUAUUGUAUAUUUUCAUUUAUAAUUAUAAUAAAUUGCAUAAUCAUAAAAAUUAUAUUACAAAUAAUAUUUCAUAGUUAGAUAAAUGAUAACAAUAGCUGA